CGACAGCUUCAUAACGCACCCGGCAGUAAAAGCCCAUGCGCAGCCCGACUUCCGAUCAGUCGGUGAUCGUUGUUCGUGGCCUGCAGAUCGGAGUGUCCGGUGCCGUGAAAAUGAAAUCAUCCGACACCGGAAGCGACAGAGAUGUAAUGUUUGACGAGUAAACGUCCUCAAAAAUUAAUCGUUUAUUAAAUGUGCGUUAGUGCUUGCGGUUGGAGUAAAGUGAAAAGCGUAAAGCUAUUGACAGGUUUAAUCACAGGGAGGAAUAAAAAUCACGUUAAAUAACGGCUGCGUGUGUAUGCGCCGGGAGUGGAAUUUUUCGUUCCGUUCCGAGGCGCUAUAGAGGACAUGCAGCAGACGCAUCCACAGUACGUCGGCGUGUCCUUUCAACGGCCCCGGGGGCGAAGGAAGCGACACACGAUGAGCAUCCCGAGCUGGCGGCAUGGUUUGCGGCGGGUGACAUCGUCACUGUUGGCCCUGUUGAUCGUGGGCGUUGUCGCCAGUGGGCUAGUGGUAUAUGCAGCUGCCGAACCACGAACGGAUGGUCUCGUCGACAUGAUUGAGCAGUUCGGGAUGCCGACCCUUCCGUCCGGUGUUUCCCCCACGACCGGGAUGUGCAACGGCAGCCGCAACCAGUACCAGCCCCAUCCGGAACCGGCCUACAGCAUGAACCAAGACACGGUACUCAGCAUACCGACGAUCGAAAGCUUUCCGGACGGGUUUCCGCUCGAUUUUUCGCUGCUGGUAACGCUACGGGCCAGCCCAAACCUCGAGCGAGCGCCACUGUUUGCGGUGUAUUCGAGCGAUUCGGACGAGAUACUGAUGCUGAUGGUUGGGCGGGAUGUGGCCCUGUACUACUACGACGGCAAUCCGGAGGAUGACGAGCAGGACCAGUACCAGAACAUGGUCAGCUUCGGUGUGAACAUCGACGACGGACGGUGGCAUCGGUUGGGCGUGAGCGUGAAGGGUAACUCGGUAACGCUGAUCCUGGACUGUGGUACACAGAUUACGCGUCCGCUGAACCGAAGGCCUGGUGUGCAGCUGGUGACCGAUGGGCUCAUCCUGACUGGGGUGCAGCUGAACGAGGAGAAUGGAUUCUUUACGGGUGAUCUCCAACUCUUCAUGAUCGCAAACACACCGGAUGAGGCGUACAACAUCUGCACCAAAUAUGCUCCAGACUGUCUGGGUGGAUCCGGUGGAGCAUCAACAUCUUCCGGUGGGUCUUCGGGAUCUUCCUCCACAGUAACACGCACCGUUACGAUACAAAGCACACGGACGGUAUCUAACGGUACUGCAGGUGGAUCAACAAGUCGUACUCAGAGUAGCAGCAGUUCCAGCUCUAGCUCUAGUUCUAGUGCUAGUGGAAGAGCUUCCUCACAAGCGGGUGGUGCCAGCAUUCGUGAUCAGGUGCUGCGAGAGUCAGUAUCCGUUGCAGGUGGAAGUGGUAGUAGUUCAGGAAAUUCGCGAUCGAAACAGGCAUCAGCUGUAGCUGCUAGUUCGGGAGGUUCCGGAAGAGACUUCGUUGAUCUGUACGGUGAUGGCGAAGGUCUGGAAGUGAUUGGAGAUGAUGAUGACUACUACAAUAAUCUGGAGUUUGGUGGAGAUCUUAGUCGAGUGAAUACUGCCGAGACUGGUGCACGAAAUCGAACGGCUGCCGCUAGUCCAGGAGCGUACGAUCAGCUGCGUCCUGGGGUGCUUCCUCUGCCCGAUCCAGAGUACGAUGCUUCCGCCGGAGGAGAUCCAAGAUUGAGUGGUGCUGGAGGUCCAACUGGAAGUCCUCGCGAUGGUACGGAGAACCGUACCAGGACAGAACCCGGCAAUGGUUAUGGUCCAGAGUUUGAGGAAGAAGAGGACCGAUCAGUUGGAUUUCCUGCCCAAUCUACCGUUACCAUCGUGGGAGGUGUGAAGACCAUUCGAGGACCUCGUGGACCUCCGGGAGAACCUGGUCCGAAAGGUGAUCCGGGUCGCGAUGGAUUGAACGGACAAUCAGGACCUCCGGGACCACCGGGCCAUGUGUUCAUGAUGCCACUGACCUCAGCUGGCAAUGAAAAGGGACCUGACUCGCAGGCAGAAGCACUAAGACAGAUGCUGUCCCAGCAUAUGACGGCGAUGCGCGGUGCCGACGGUCCGAUGGGUUUGACCGGAGUGCCAGGGUCUGUAGGACCACCGGGUCCUGAGGGUGCCAAAGGAGAACCGGGCGAUGUUGGUGAACCGGGACCGAUUGGACCUCGCGGAGGUGUCGGAGCGAAAGGACGCGAGGGACGUCGUGGCCGAUCCGGACGAGACGGCGAACGAGGAGCAACCGGGUUGCAAGGUGUCAAGGGAGAGCAAGGCCCUAUCGGACUUCCCGGCUUCCCGGGCGAGAAAGGUGAAAGGGGCCGGCAGGGUGCGUCUGGAGAGAAGGGAAGCCAAGGACACGAUGGCGCACAAGGCGAAGACGGUCCGCCAGGAUUGCCCGGUAUGCCCGGUGAACUAGGACCGCGUGGAUUCACAGGUCCACGUGGAUUUCCCGGCCCAUCGGGGAAUCCCGGUCUUCCCGGGUCUGAAGGUAUACCAGGCUCCAAAGGAAACCCAGGCCCCCAGGGUCAACCGGGUGCACCAGGUCAAACAGGCUCGACCGGCCCGGUAGGUCCACCGGGACCGCAAGGAAAUCUUGGACCACCGGGCAUUCCCGGCCCACAUGGAAAACCGGGCCUUCCCGGACUUCCCGGAGCUGAUGGUCCACCCGGUCGUGACGGUAAUCCAGGUAUCGCCGGACCGAAAGGCGAUGUAGGACCACAGGGCGUUCAGGGUCCGAUAGGAUUCCCGGGCAACCGGGGGCCGAAGGGUGACGAUGGUGAACGAGGCUCUGCCGGUGAUAAGGGCGAAAAGGGUGAGCAGGGACACGAUGGCGAUAAGGGCGAUAUGGGAACGCCGGGAGAACGAGGCCAUCCUGGAGUGACGGGAGCACCGGGAUCGGAAGGACCCGAGGGACCGAAAGGUUUCGAGGGACCGCGCGGUGAGACGGGCAUGAUGGGACUGACCGGCGACAAGGGCAAACAGGGCGUGCAGGGUUUCCCGGGCUAUCCGGGACCGCCGGGCGACAAGGGCGACAAGGGUUCGUUCGGGAUGGCCGGCCUGCCUGGUGAAAAGGGCGAACGGGGCAAUACAGGACUUCAAGGCGAGCGUGGCGAAGUUGGACCAAGAGGAUUCCGUGGACCCCGCGGAAGACGCGGUGCUGAUGGAGCUACCGGCCCCAAAGGAGACACCGGUCAGCCAGGCUCACCGGGCGCACAGGGAGAAAUCGGCAUGCAAGGACCGGAAGGACCUCGUGGCUUUAUCGGACUUCCAGGGCCACCGGGCAAUAAUGGCAAGGAUGGACCCCCGGGCGCUUCCGGCGAACGUGGACCACCGGGUGAAAACGGAAAUCCAGGCCCCAUCGGUGCUCCCGGUGUUGUAGGACCGCAAGGACCGACGGGUGAGCCAGGACCGGUGGGAGAACCGGGCAUACCGGGGUUGCCUGGCCUUCCAGGUGAACCGGGCGUACCAGGCGACACUGGCAAGGAAGGACAAUCCGGACCACCUGGACCUCCUGGCAAGAAUGGCCCACAGGGAGGUCAGGGUCUGCCAGGAUUCCCGGGCGAACGAGGCAUGAUGGGAAUGCCGGGACUUCCCGGUCUAAAGGGAGAGCUUGGACUGCCCGGACUGCCGGGACCAAUCGGUGACAAGGGCCAACCCGGAGAGCCCGGUAAGGAAGGUCCGCCCGGAGCGGAAGGACGUCCAGGACCGCCCGGACCACCGGGUCCAGGAGGAGCAAAGGGUGAGCGGGGUGAGCAGGGACUGGUUGGACCGGUCGGACGGGACGGUUUGCCCGGACAGCGUGGUUUAGCUGGACCUCCUGGCCCUGUGGGGCCACCGGGCGAGGACGGCGACAAGGGUGACAUGGGCCCGCCGGGCGAGAAGGGUUUCAAGGGUGCCCAAGGUGAAGCGGGACCUGUUGGUUCCCCCGGAUCACAAGGAAGUCGAGGAGAACCGGGAGCCGUUGGACCACAAGGCGAAAAGGGACCUCCAGGAGAGAUUGGACGCACUGGACCGAAGGGUGAGGAUGGACCGACCGGGUUGCCUGGAUCACCAGGACCAGCGGGACCGCAGGGCAUGCCUGGACCUCCGGGUAUGAAGGGAGGCCGAGGUGACGAUGGUCCUCCAGGAUCGAUUGGACCGGCCGGACCACCAGGAGAACCGGGUCGUCGUGGACCACGUGGUGCUGAGGGUGGUCCUGGAGCUCCAGGAUCUCCUGGGCCGCAGGGAAUUGCCGGCGAACCCGGUACACAAGGACCCCCUGGACCAAUCGGACCCGAGGGCAAGGAGGGCGAGAAAGGAUCGAUCGGACCGAAGGGAGAGGAAGGAAAGUCUGGACCACCGGGUCCUCCAGGCAAACGAGGGCAGCCAGGUUUGGAAGGACCGAAGGGAGUUGCUGGUCCACCAGGAUUCCCGGGUAAUCCGGGUGAGCCGGGACUUGUGGGACCGAAAGGCGAUGUAGGAAAGGACGGAGACGACGGAAAGCAAGGUGAACCAGGAUUGCCUGGUGAGCCAGGACCACCAGGACCUGCCGGAGAAAUUGGACCCCCAGGAAAGCUGGGACCCGAAGGCCCAGCUGGACUGCAAGGAACGACAGGAUUGGCGGGCGAAAAGGGCGACCGUGGAUUGCCAGGUCCUCAAGGAAAUCAGGGACUCACCGGCCCUCAAGGAAUGCCUGGACCGCAAGGUCCACCAGGUCUACGAGGGUCUCCAGGACCAUCGGGCGAAAUUGGUCCCGUAGGUAAACCGGGCGAAAGUGGAGCACCGGGCAAGGCGGGCGAAGUCGGCACCAAGGGCCCGAAAGGUGAUCGCGGGCGGCGUGGCCUGAAAGGACAUCGCGGUGAGCUUGGACUUGUUGGGCUCAAGGGUGACGCCGGCGAGAAGGGUGACAAGGGCGUCCGUGGACUGCCCGGUCCGGAAGGCUCCAAGGGCGAACCGGGCCCGGUUGGACCGCUGGGGCUGAAGGGUAACGAUGGACCACAGGGACCGCCUGGAAACGAUGGUCCCCUGGGACCGAAAGGCACGGAAGGUGUGGCAGGCCUGCGGGGAGAACCAGGACCUCCCGGACCACCGGGGCCGCCCGGACCGCCAGCCGAUGCACCACUCAUCCCACCGGAGCUGCUGUUCCGCAUGAACGAGUUCACCAUGACCAAGGGCGAAGAUCGACAGAAACGUGAGGCUGGCGAUGGGGCGGCAACGGAGCUGGACGACGAGCUGCUCGAGGUGGACGACUUCGACGAGGAGAUACUGAAGGUGGAACCACGCAAGAAGAGCAAAAAGAAGAAGACAAAGUCGAAGGCGUCGGAUUUGGGACCGAAGUUCCUGGACAUGUACAGCUCGAUCUACUCGAUGCGCCAGGAGCUGGAUCGGAUACGGAAACCGGUCGGUACGCGGGAGAAUCCGGCCCGUACGUGUCGCGAUCUGCACCAUGGACAUCCUCAGUUUAAGGAUGGCUGGUACUGGAUCGAUCCCAACCUCGGCAUGGGAGACGACGCGGUGUACGUGUUCUGUAACAUGACGGCGGCAGGCGAAACUUGCGUCUUCCCGGACAUUCACAGCUCGCAGAUGCCGACGAUACCGUGGCGCAAGGAGAACGACAAAACCGAUUGGUACUCGAACCUGCGCGGAGGUUUCAGGAUAUCGUACGAAACGGUUGGCACCGUGCAGAUGACCUUCCUGCGGCUGCUUUCACAGGAAGCGUACCAGAACUUUACGUACGCCUGCAUGAACAGUGUCGCGUGGUACAGCACGAAAGAUGAAAGCUACGACAACGCGAUACGGUUUCUGGGCGAGAACGAGAUCGACAUUGGGUAUGACAAUUCGAAGAUCAAACCUACCGUCUUGGUGGACGGCUGCAAGACGGGCCGGAGCAAGAGCGAAACGGUGUUUGAGGUACGCACGCCGAAGCUGCAGUAUCUGCCCAUUAUCGACUUCUACCCCGUUGACUACGGACUGCCGCAGCAAGCGUUCGGUUUCCAGGUGGGGCCAGUUUGCUUUAAAUGACAGAGCUUCGAUCGAUUAACUACAAAAGGAAAAGGAUAUUUUUAUCAUCGUUAAACAUGUAUAUGAUUUGUGAGGUAAUCGGAGCAUAGUUGUAGGUUUAAGAUUAGUAUUUAAAAGAUUAAAAAAGACACACACACACAACGCGCGAAGAAAGACGAAGAGGAAUCGAGGAUAGGAUAAGAACAUCGAGAUAGUAUUUAGAAUGAUAAGAACGAACAUUUACCGAUAGGACUGAGCACAUUUGUUAGUCAGGAGAGGAAUCGACCGAUGAUCAGAGGGAAUAGCAAUCACACACCUUCCAAUCAUUGUCACCAUUGUUGUUAGACCUGUUCUAAGAUGUACAUAGAUAUCUUUCCCCAUUCCACACAUUUUUAGAAAAAAAAACACACACACAAAUACGCGCACGUGCAUUAGAGAAAAAAAAGGAUUUAGAAAGGAGGAGCAGCACAAUGUAUAGAACAGCGAACACCACGAAAAGCUAAGUGAUGCUCCAGGCACUGCCAAAGAUCGUUUGUUGUUGGAGAAUAAAUUAUCAAAGGAUAUGAAACAAACAUUAGAAAGUAUUUGAAAAACAAAACGCUUAAAAUGCGAUGAAAUAUUUCAACCAAAUCGUGAAACGCUUCCACAUCACAUUCGCGGUGAAACGCUUCAAGCGACAUCUGGUGGUAUUUGUGCUCAGCCUGGCUGUAAUGGUGUAAUGAAAGUGGUUCUCAAUAUUCAUUUUUAAAACUCCUUUUUACACGUAACUCUACAUAAACAGUGCUAACGUUCGGAUGAGACCAUUUUCGCUUCAAAACUACCUCCACCGAGGGAAAUAAAAUGAACCGCGCUACACCACUUUUUUUUUUCUUCAAUAUUAAUUACGAGCUGUAACUCUAUCAUUGAGCCUCCGGAGUUCAGAUUUGUUGGUUUGUGUAUAUUUUGUUUUACUUUAUCCGCAUCCCGUGUAUAUGUCUCCACGCGCCCUUUGACAUUACCGUAUGGUGUAAGUUUACCUAGUACGAAUUACACACGUCCCCAUUCCGCUUACUUACUAACAUCUUAUUAGCAGGUGUUUAGCGAACCUCUCAGCGUACGGAGAUGAUCUCGAGGCUUUGCAUGAUUGGUUUCUGUUCUCUCUCUCUCUAUCUUGUCGUCUUGUUCAUUUUAUGUUUUGCGCACAGCUUAGAAUUUUAACUACCAUGAAAACACGCUCGCGAGGAGGAGCAAACGAAAACUCUCGCGCACUCAGCAAACAAACAGCACAAUGGUUCGAAAUGCAUUUCUCUUUGUUUUUUUUUUUAGCUGCAACUACAUUAAACACGAUGAAAUAUGUUAUUACCUCUACUUGUGUGUAUGUACUACCUAAACAACGCAUCAGUCAGCGCUAUAUAAGAGAAAACAAUCAAUUGCUACCAAAGUUUUUGAAUGGUAUUUUUGUAUUCGAAGUUGAGAAAUGUUGUAAUGAUUAUUUUUCCUAACCGUUUUUUUAAAUUUAUUUCUUCUUGGUUGAUUUCCUGCUAUUAGGCUGAAUUAUUUGAUUACGCUCUAGUUACGUUCACUGCUUGCUUAUGUGUGUGUGUUUGCUAUGCAUUGCUGUCGCGCCUUGAGCUUUGAAAACGUUUACUUGCAAAUAUGAUACAUGCCUAGGAUGCACACUCAUAAACUGGAUGGAGACAUUACGCUGUAUGUAUGUGUGCUGUUGGUUGCCACUGUUCAUCAUUUUUCCCUGCUGGUGCUUCUUUACAACUUUACAUUGCAAUUGAUUCUAUUCGUAACUGCACUCUGUGUUAGAACAGUUCCAACAAAUCUCCUUUCGCUUUCCUAUCAACUAGAGUUAGUGACACGCGACGCAGUGUUGCACUUCGUUUACUCUUUACAUACAGCAGCUGUUGUGUGUGUGUGUUUGUUAUACCAGUUAAUUAUAUACACUGAACAAAGGAAAUAAAUAAAACAUUUAAUCUGGUUUGAGAAAGGGACAACAGAGCAACAUUCUUUCUUUAGAAAAAAAAACAAAUACCAUGCUUGCACGCGUUCUUCCACGCAAUCAAAGCUUAAAGUUUGGAUAAUAAAAGGCUAUAAUUUUGUCUUACUGUAUGACCCUAGGAUGACCUGAUUAUUCAAACACUUUGAUUACCUAAAGGAUCCAGUGCUAGGAACAUAAACGGUGCGUGCAAAAGUAAUACAAAACCAACCACUACUACCCUAAAGCACAGCGAUUGCAUUCAUUUUUCGCAGCUGAUUUUACAAAGUAAUAAUUAUAAUUAAAAAAAAAAACAUUCUUGAAACAUAAACAAAUUUCAUUUGCUUUCUUCACAUUUUUUUACGUUAACUGGAACGAAUUAUAAAAGGUAAAAGAAAUAAGAUUAAAACUAAUGAUACUACAGUAAUAAAGUAAUAUAAUCGCUCUCUGCUAUCAGUGCAACACACAUAUACAGUGUUUUUUGUUGUUGUUGCUUUUUCUUUUCCUGUGUCCUAACGAUGCGCAACCACAAUCUCAAGAGUAAGGGAGCUGUCCCUUUUUCUUGUUUGUUUUUAUUUUCACCAGCGGUGUCCUCCCAUCCCCUCGGGGAGCACGUGAAGAGGGCGGAGGGAUUCGUUUGUGUUGUUAUUGUUUAUUACGUCUCUUUCUUACUUGCAGGCUAUGUUCCUGUUGUUCGCUCCUCACUACAUAUUACUUGCCCGAUUUUUACGCUUUGUUCUUUUCAAUCAAUUCUUCCAAAGCAGUUGCAACUCACAAUUGUUUCUUCGCCACUUUAUGCGCUCGUUUUUACGCUACAUCACACGCUAAGCUACUUUUCAACGUAACGGCGGCACCGAUUGGAAACGUUUGUACAGAAACACAAAAAAAGAGGCACACACACACAAAGAAAAAAAACUGCACACAAUCCUAACUAUAAAAUCCGUUAAAAAAUACCACCCAAGUAGCAGUAAAUGUGUGUAGCAGCAGCCGCAGCAGCAGCAGCAGCAGGUUACAUGCUAGCACAGGAUUUUAAGCAUAAAGAAGAAUUCAAAUUAAAAAAAACUCUUUAACCCGUUAAAGUUUAUCACAACGUAAUGGCUUAUGGUAUUUGCUUCUUCUUCUUCUUCUUUCUCUAUUCUGAUCUAAUGGUGUUUGCUGUGCUUGUGUCCCUGUUUAGACAAGAUGUAUCGUACGGAAUCAAACUGCGAAAGAACAUUUGGAAGAGAGUGAACUGAUUUAAAACAAUGGUUGAUUACCGAAAUCCUUUCCCGCCCUUUCAUCACACCUCCCUUUUCACGAUGCGUUUUUUUUUUAUGCACACGAACAAUUUCUUAGGUGUGCUAGCCUAACCAAACUGCUUGCUUUGCAAUGUAUCGCACGGUGCGGAGGGGUUUCUUGUGUGUUUUUGAUAAGAAAUUGCUGCUUCUUCAUUGAACCUGACGUCACUAUUGCUCUCUGCUUGGAUGCAGACAAUGCCAAUAUGAGCGCAUUUUGUAUCGCUUUUUGCUGCUGUUAGUAAACAUUCACGGUGGUCACGGAGAAAGGAUACGGAAGUGAAAAACUAAACCCUCGAGACCAUACACUUUACAUACACAUACAGGCAGAUAUCGCACAUACAAACACACACAUACAUAAAAUCACACAUACGAGGGAGAAAGUUUUUCACAAUAUCGUACAUACGUACGGCGGACAACAAAAAGGCAAACGAAACAAAAAAAAAAGAAAA